UCCCAAGCUCACACCACCCUCCCACCCGUGAGACAAGCUUUCACCUCCGACGUUGCCCUACUUACCCCCGUGGGUUCCUCUGCCGCAUCACUCCUAGGUUAGGCUCGACUGCGUCACAUCACACCGAGUCUCGGCACCCGGCCCGUUGUCUCUUUGCAUCUCCAUCCAGGUCUUGUUUUUUUUUCGCCUCGCGCCACCGGUGCCACGGAUAUCAACCACGCAACACACACCGGGCUCACCGAAAAACCAAUUGACACAAUGGGCGGUUUUUACAUGCAGUAUCUCGAAAGCCUUUGCCGGCGCCGUGGGUGGCAUGACCCCACGUAUGAAUGCUAUCGGGACGCCAAUGGGUACACGUGCCUGGUCCUGGUGAAUGGGCGGGAGUACCAAACUGAUCUUGAGUACGAAUCCGGCACCCUGGCCCAGGAGAAUGCAGCCAUGCGUGCCUUUAUGGUUUGCCGGAACUUCUCGGUCAACGGGGGCAUGCUUGCCCGCAACGGGAUCGUCCAGGGCCUACCCGCGGAGGAGGCCGCUCGCAAGCCAAAGAAGAGCAGUCGUCACACGAGCACCUCCAAUCACGGACACAGGAGCAGAUCCAGCCACCACUCAAGCAGCAGCUCGACCACCUCGCUGGAGUGAGGCUGAAAAGGAGCCGCAGUUCUUCCGUUUGGCCGGGACCCGAGCCGGGUUAGGAUUCGCUGAGUCUCGACAGCCGCGCUCCCACCCCGGAUCUGGACCCCAAGCCUAAUCAGCGAAGAGCGGGAGCUCAAGCAAUUAUUCAGAACCGGAUCGUUU